AUGGCGUCGUCCACGGCCACAUCGCAGAUUGUGAUUCCGAAGCACCCGCCGUCGUUCCGCGCGGACUCACCGACGAGUCUGUACUCGAACUCGUACUCGUUUUACCAGCUCGACGAGGGCGGCGGGAAUCGGUCAUCGCCGAGCUCGAGCGGGACGCGCGUCGAUAGGCACCGGUCGUCGCCGCUUGCGUCGCCGGCCGGGGGGACGUUCCCCCGAUCUGGGAGCGGGACGCCGAACGGCGAGCCGCAGAGUGCGCUCGAGUUUUUGCAGCUGGGGAUUCAGGCGCACGAGGGGAAUAAGUUGAGGGAUUCGGCGGUGUAUUUUGAGCAGAGCGCGACGGUGCAGGGCGGGUGUGGGGUGGGGAUGCUUAUGUGGGGGCUGGCGCUGAGGCAUGGGUGGGGGUGUCAGAAGAAUGAGAAGGUGGGGUUUAAGUGGUUGACGAAGGCGGCGGAGAGUGCGGUGGGGGAUUUGGAGAGUGCGCGGGAGGGGCUGGAUAUUAGGGUGGUCAAGACUGAGCUGGUGUUGGCUAUUUAUGAGGUCGGACAGUGUUUCUUCCAGGGAUGGGGUGUGACCAAGGACCAGAAGAUGGCAGUGAGCUACUAUCGAGUUGCUGCCAACCUUGGUGACGCCGACGCGCAGCAAGACCUGGCGUUUUGUCUUGCAAACGGAAAGGGCUGCAAGAAGGACAAGAAGGAGGCUGCAAAGUGGUAUCGAGCAGCGGUUGCUCAAGGAGCGAGCGAUGUCGGGCUGGCGUGGAUAUACAAGCCAAAGUACAGCAGCUAA